AGCAGGCGCUUACAUCUCAGAUCCGCCGCCGUGCUGCGAGCACAUAAAGACGCGUUUGCCAAGUCCCGUCCACUCCACUUGGUGACGUGCAGAGCCGAGCAAAGACUGGACAUUUAACAAGCAGCACACAGCCGCUGCCGCCAGACAGUGUUGUACAUUUUGCUGUAAAAUGCAACAGCAGUCUUUGCGGGAUAAAGACAGCAUUCAUACAUAAGCGUCGUAGCGAAACAAGGACAAACGCCGGGGGACAGAAGCAGCGAGCAGGGAGGUGUAGACGGCAAUACUCAAAAGAUCUAAUUUGUCUGUGAUGAGCAUCCCCAUCCACCAGAGACCAAAGGUACGGCCGGCUCCCGUCGUUCCCUCUGAGUGGAAGAGGAAGUGAUGUCACGCCACCAUCACCGCUUUGAAAGGGACUACCGGGGACCCUGGGAGCGCAGAGACAUCCGUCCCUCCGGUCUCCACAAUGGAGGAGCCAGUCAUAGCUGUGCCUCCGCUGUUGUCAAUGGCAACAACCGGCCGGGACUCCUUCCACUCCCAGUCAUCCCCUCCCUCCUUCCCACCCCGGUUACAGUCGCCGUGACAACGUCGAGCAGCGACAUGGUGGUCAAGCGAGGCAUCACAGCGGCAGGAUCGGUCACUGCAGCAUCAGCCAAGGUCUCAGGUCUAUCUCCUGGAGAGAACCAGACCCCAGGGCUGCUGCUGGCUCCGGGGGUUCGGUGGGGACAGACGCCCAUCAACCAGCUCACACCCUGGGAUACAGAUGAGCCCCCUGCAAAACAACACCGAGACAGCGAGCCCACCGGUCCACCGUGGGCUCCACCAGUCGCUACGGUGAGCCAGCCCAGCCUUCUGCCCCACACCUACGCCCUCCCCCAGCCUCCUUCCUUCAGCCACAGCGUGACCGUGCAGUCCCCCAUCAUAGGAGUAACCCCGUCCAUCCAGACUCCCAUGGCCCCACACCACCCCCUCAUGACUGCUCACUUCCAGCUGCCGCCACACUCCACCCAGCAGGCGCCCUCGAUGGUGCUGAGUAUGCCCAGCCAGCCUCCGUACCCCUCCGCCCAGCCCUCGGUCACCCCGUCCCCCCUCACCGCCCCCGCCAGCCAGGUGGUUCACCCAAACCCGCAUAGCGUGAUGGGCAAUGGCCACUUAACCCCUCACCCCAGCCACGCCCUCAUCCAGCCCCCAUCGCUGCCCCUGACCAAUGGACAGGCAGCGCCGCAGGCCCAGCCCACAGCAGUAGCCAAUCAGGAUGGUCCUAACGGGCUGCAGAUGCUGCGGACUGUUGGAAUGGGGAAGUACGAGUUCAGUGACCCGGGACAUCCCAAAGAGAUGUUGAAGGAGUUGAACCAACAGCGCAGAGCGAAAGAGUUUACAGACCUGAAAAUUAUUGUUGAAGGCAAAGAGUUUGAAGUCCACCAAAAUGUUCUAGCUUCCUGCAGCUUGUAUUUCAAGGACCUGGUGAAAAGGUCAACAGGGGAGACGAGGAAUGGGGAGAAGCUGGAGCUGAAGAUGAGCAACAUCGGCGCCGACGUGCUGGAGCUGCUGCUGGAGUUCGUCUACACGGGGUCGCUGGUCAUCGACUCGGCCAACGCCAAGACGCUACUGGAGGCUGCCAACAAAUUCCAGUUCAACACCUUCUGUAAAGUCUGUGUCUCCUUCUUAGAGAAACAGCUGACUGCGGCGAACUGUCUAGGAGUGCUGGCCAUGGCUGAGGCCAUGAGUUGCACGGAGCUCCAUAACAUGGCCAAAGCCUUCGCCCUGCAGAACUUCCCUGAGGUGGCGGGCCAGGAGGAGAUUUUGAGCGUGUCCAAGGAGGACUUGGUGGCCUACUUGUCCAACGACAGUCUCAACACCAAGGCGGAGGAGCUCGUCUACGAGACCGUCAUCAAAUGGAUCAAGCAAGACCCCAACACCAGAGUACAGCAUGUGUCAGAGCUGCUGGCGGUGGUGCGCCUUCCCUUCAUCCAUCCGUCCUAUCUGCUGAACGUGGUCGACAACGAAGAGCUGAUCAAAUCCUCGGAGGCGUGCCGGGACCUGGUCAAUGAAGCCAAGCGCUACCACAUGCUGCCCCACGCGCGGCAGGAGAUGCAGACGCCGAGGACCCGGCCGCGGCUCUCUGCUGGUGUGGCGGAGGUGAUCGUUCUGGUGGGAGGGCGGCAGGCUAUAGGGAUGAACCAGCGCUCCCUGACAGCAGUCACCUGUUUUAACCCCCAGAACAGUAAGUGGUACCCACUGGCCAGCUUGCCCUUCUACGACCGCGAGUUCUUCAGUGUCAUCUCAGCAGGAGACAACAUCUACCUGUCAGGGGGUACAGAGUCGGGCGUGACGGUGGCGGAUGUGUGGUGCUACAUGUCCCUGCUGGACAACUGGAACCUGGUGUCCCGGAUGACGGUGGCUCGCUGCAGACACAACAGCCUGGUGUAUGAUGGCAAACUCUACACCAUCGGAGGACUCGGCGUAUCAGGGAACCUGGACCAUGUGGAGAGGUACGACACCAUCACUAACCAGUGGGAGACGGUAUCUCCGCUGCCUAAGCCGGUCCACUCAGCGGCGGCCACAGUAUGUGGGGGGAAGGUGUACGUGUUCGGAGGCGUGAACGAGGCCGGACGCUCGGCGGGCGUCCUCCAAUCUUACGUACCGCAGAGCAACACCUGGAGCUUCAUUGAAUCACCCAUGAUAGAUAACAAAUAUGCCCCUGCAGUGAGUCUAAAUGGUUUUAUAUUCAUCCUGGGAGGAGCCUACGCUCGAGCCACCACUAUCUACGACCCAGACAAAGGCAACAUCAAGGCCGGACCCAACAUGAAUCACUCCCGGCAGUUCUGCAGCGCCGUGAUCCUGGACGGGAAGAUCUACGCCACGGGCGGCAUCGUCAGCAGCGAGGGCCCGGCCCUCGGCAACAUGGAGACGUUCGACCCCUGCACCAACAGCUGGACCCUCCUCCAGUCACUGCCCUGCCCGCUCUUCAGACACGGCUGCGUGGUCAUCAAGAAGUACAUCCAGAGCGGCUGAGAGCGGCUCCGACCGGACCGGACCGGAUCGAGGCGACACUAGCCGAGCGCCGCUUGUGGGACAAUCUGAACGCAGCUUCGGGGGGGCCGGGCCAGGCCAAGGCAGCAACCUCUGGACUUGACGCCGGCAUCCACCUGGCCACUACCUGCCCCACCCCCCACCCCCCACCCCCUCUACACCCAGUUUCCCCUCUCCCACCCAAACGCCCUGUGCAGAAUGUACUCAUAUGAAACCACUCGGCCAUGUCAGGCGACGGUGCCUAACCUUCAGUACUGUACGUGUCACGGUUGUAGUUCAUCCUCUCAUCCAGCAGACACAGGGACUCUUAGUAAAUCAAUAGCUCCUCGUUUUCAAAGACGCUGUUUCAGUUCUGUCUUUUCCAAAUCCAACCAAGCCAACCCCCCCCGCACCCCUCUUCCCCCCUCUGUUUCUUUUGUUUUGUUUUUUUGUUUCUUUCUGAUUUGGUGCGUUUGAAAGCCAUCCCGGGUCUUUGUGCGGUUUCCGUUCGACAGGUGUAGGGUUUUUUUUUUUUUUUGUAGUCACUCAGUAAAGAGCAGAGUUUGUUUGUGGUGUAUGGAUUUUCUCAGUAGUGACAUCUACAGGAGAGGAGGAAAAGUGAGGCUCUGCCCUGCGAGGAGGAGGGGAAGCAGCACAUCCACUGACUUUCCUCUUUACCAGCGGAGCGAACAAGCCUUUUUUUUUUUUUUUUUCUUUUUCUAACCAGGAAGCAAAGCUCUUAUUAGAUGUGGAUUUAUGAUAAUAAAAAAAAAAUCUGAUUUUGAACUCAGUGAACCCAGUUUUUAUAAUAUCAUUACUGGCUUAACAUUGGGGGAAAAAAACCCAUCAAAUCUGAGCCACGUAGCUUUUCUUUUUUGUGUGUGUGUAAAUCCAGCCUGAUUGAGAUAUCAUCUGGAAGGUGAGAUGGGGUGAGUGGCCUAUUUUUUUUUUUUUUUUUUGGGUAUUACUGUUACAUUUCCCUUGAUUUGAUUUCUACACUCUUGCUCUCUGGGACAAAGACAGCACUGAUCCUGAGGGAGAGAAUAAACUCCUCUUCUGCUGGUAUCAGAGACACUCAAGAGGGAACAGUUCCUCCAGCUAAAGCACAAUAAUCAUCUGUGACUUUGAUCAUAAAAGUUGUCUUUUGUUCUGUUGGUUCUCUUUACCUUUCAUUAUCUCCCCCCACAUCCUUUGUUUUAUACGAUGUGUGUUUCAUUGCAGCCCACAAACAAUGUUGGGCUGGAAUUCUGUAAAUACAGGAAGGAAAUAUGUAUAUUUUAAAACCUGAAGGUGAUUCUGUAUAAAUGUUUUUAGAAAAAAAAAAAUAGGUUGGAUUUAAAAAAGAAAAAAAAUGUGUCUGUAAAUCUGUACCCAAAAAGGAGAAAUUAACAAUUGUUAUUAUUGAAACCUAAUACAUAUACCAGAAUCUGA